AUGGAAGAAUCUCACGGCAUCAAUGGCGUCGAUGAUUCAUAUCGUCAUCUCCCUAUUCUCUACUUGACCUUUCUAUCGAUCUGGUCCCUGUCCGCUUGUUCUUGGACGGUUAAUACUUUCAAGAACCGCAAUUUCCAGUCAAAUAGUUUACAAUGGAUUCUUGCUUCAGUUCCUUUGAUCAAAGCAUUACAGCUAACUCUAUCUUUCCUCUUUUGGCAUUCAUGUUUUCACCACCAAAUAUGCUCUCUUUGGAUGUCUUUUGGUGUAUAUGUGACUGGUGUCCUGUUUCAGACAGCUUCCUUUGUGUCUUUUUUACUCAUCUCUCACGGUUACUGCAUCACAUGUGAACGGCUCUCGUUGACAGAACGUAGAACCACAGCUUCACUUGGUUGUGUCUUUUAUUUGACUCUCGUUGGAUACAGAGCUUCUGUUCCUUAUUUUGCAGUGCUUCUGAUACUUAACUACAUGAUCUCAUUCUAUGUCAUUUUCCAUCAUAUAUCUCAAAACUUAUCGGUGUUACGAGAACAGCUGAGUUUCAUUGAGGAUGAAAAUGUUCAAGCUAUGCAUGAUGCCGUCUAUGCUAAAUAUAUCAUGUUCAAAAAAUUUCAAGGAGCUAUGCAGAUAGUAGCAAUGGCAGAAACUGUGAUCUAUAUGAACAUGGACAACUCCUCGCAGAACUACUGGCUCAGGCUACUGAUUCGAGAGUGGGCUCAGUUUUGCAUUUUUCUCUAUAUUGGAUGGACUUUCAGGUCUCAGGACAUGGCGCCACGGUUCUCAGUCAUGCCUACACUAAAACCUAGAGAUAAUACAAUUAUCCCUCCAAUUUACAGCAUGGAAAUGGAUGCAAAAACAUUUAAAGAAUUCAGAAGUCAGGAAUGGAACAUUGGAGUGCCAAUGCCUUAUUCAAACUAUGAAAGGCAAAAAGAUUCAGUUCUAGUGAUAAUUCAGCAUCCUAGAUAG